AUGGGAUUAGGGGCCGUCGGUUCCUGGGACUGGGAGUGGCUGUGGGCUGCUGCUUCCGCGCGACUACGACGGUUUGCGAGGGACUGGGAUGACUACGUCGGGUUGGCAUUCUCAUUUGUGAUUUGUGAAACAUUUAAUAAGUUGUUCUUUAGCUGGAAUUCUAAUUCCUGCUCAACACUUAGUCCAGACACCUUAAGCACCGCCACGGAAGCAGACAAGUUAAGAUCGCGAGGCCGUGAAUUCUGGGGUUCAGAAGAUCUAUCUGACAUUAAUCUGUGGCUAAGCAAGGAAGAAAGUCUUUGGGUAAAUUCAACAAAGACACUGGUCAGUGAUGCAGAUGCCUGUAUCAAAAACUACGAAAAACAGAGCCAAACAUGGAUUCCUGGUUGUUUUUCGGCUAUCCUUAGAUUGAUACCCAUCAGAGAUGUUCUUCAUCAAAUAGAUAGAGUUAAAACAUUGGUGGAAGGUCAUCUUGAAAAUAAGGAUAAAGAUGCCAAGGACAUCUAUGACUCCAUGCAGAAGUCACGGUUGAGGAAUAGAAGUUUGCUGGAUCAAUAUGCAGCUGAGGAGAGCCAAAAGACAGUCAAAACUGAAGACGACAAAGAAGAUCAAAAGCAACGGAAGCCUUCUACUAGCCUUGAUGAAUUGAUGAGAAAGAGCAAUGAUCUAUUUUCAGGCAUGGAAAAGAGACGGUCUGUACAUCUGCUGCUUCCACUGCAUGCUUUCACAAAUGAAUUAAGUCAGCUGCAGUUGGAAACUAACACAGAAAAUCUCUGGAAAGGACAAGCUAAAAUGCUAAUUGCAGAAGCUGAAGUCCUCAUCAGCACCUACUCAUGGUGGGUAUCACAUUUUGGCAGCAUAAGCAAAGCAACAACCCUAUUAAAGAAAUACUCCAAUGGCAUCCCCAUAGUAGGGAGAAUGUUUAAGAAAUACUUCAAUGGCAUCCCCAUUGUAACAACUCUAUUCGAAGAGGACAUGGAACGCAUUGUCGAUGAAUUCCAUAACCUCCUUGAUACAAAGAGCAAAUGGAAAUUUGAUUUCAGUGAUAGCGAUGCAAUGGAGUCUGAAUUACCAUUUCAGAAUGCAGAUGAUGAUGAAAUCACGUCAACUGUGAAUAGCAUCCGUAUCAAGCUAGAUGAAAGUGGCUCAAAGCAAGAGCCAAUGAACUCGCUGUAUCAUCAAUUAGAAGAAAUGAAUAAGGAGCUUCGGGGAAGGAGGGAAGAAACAGCUGUAAGAAAAGCAUGUUUGGAGCACUUAAAGUCAAUUAGUCAGGAGGUGGACCAUUCAGUGUCCAAUUUCCUAAAAGAGAAAAUGAACAAUCCGGAGCUUCAGCAAAUAUUAAAGGCAACGGAUCUGCUUCAGAAAAUAGUAAAAAAUUGUUAUACCAAGAGGCAGAACUCACCCUCAAUUCCUGCUACGAAAAAUGUUGCAAGAGAAUUGGUCUCCAAGCUGACCACCAGCAGUGGUAAUCUUUUGACACUUUCCAUUGUGGGGAUGAAGGGGGUGGGGAAGACAACUCUGGCAAAGGAAAUCUUUUACAAUAAAGAUGUUAUAAACCACUUCCCCAUCCGUGUCUGGGUGGCCGAUGGAGCUGCUUCCAAAGUAAAAGUUCUGCUGAUGAAACAGGAUGGAACCAUAGACCACCAGGCAUUGUCCAUCACAGAGGUACGUGAUCACUUGAAAGGGAAGCGAGGCCUUAUUGUCCUGGAUAACAUCACAAAAAAGGAUGAUUUUGAUCAAUAUAAAAAGGAACUGAUAUCAGAGACUGGAAUGACAAAUGGAAGCAGAAUAUUGCUUACAACACCCUCAAACAACAUAGCUUCGUAUGCUGACACAUGUGGCGGCCCUCACCAAAUUAGAUUAAUGACAAAAGACGAAAGUUGGGCACUGUUUCAGAAGGUGACCAUGACUGUAAAGCCCAAAGAAAAUUCUCAAGAGGAAAAGCUUGCCAAGAAAGUGGUGGGCAGAUGCGGGGGCUUACCACUGCUUAUUGUUUCUAUUGGGUUUCUAUUGUCAGUGAAAGGCAGCAUUACAGAAGAUAACUUGCGGCCACUGCUUCGUCAAAUCAAUCAUGGCCAUCAGAAUAUUCGAUGGCUACAAGCUUGGACUUUGAAAUCCCGGUCAGGAGAUUAG